GAGAGCAACUGGGCUGCCCGGUCGCCCCCAGCCCGUUCCCCCACGGACCCCUCCCGGCCUGCGAGAAGCAGAAGGAAGCGGGCAGAGGCAUUAUAAAAAAAUAUAAACUCGGCUGGACUCGAGAAACUCCUCAGGUCUUGGAGGUCGGUGCCACAAAAGAAGAGGCAAGUUUCGUAAGGCUGCCCCGGAGGAGGAGGAAAGAAGACGCAAUCAGUCAGCCGACGUCUCUCUGCACGAGUUCCUGUCCGCGCUUGUUUGUCUACGGGAUCUCAGCGGACGGGGCUGGCACGGAAGUGGGAGGGGGGUGGGGAGAGGGAGAGAGACGUCGGGCUGGCUGCGAGCUCCCCCUCGCUUCUUGUGUAAUUCAGGCUACGCUGGCGAGGCCGACAGCGAUGGGAGGAAGGAAGACGACGACGACGCCGCCAGCCGAGGGAGUUUCUCUCCGGGGGGUUGGCAAGAGGAGGAAGCUACACUAGGAGGCCCCGCAACUUCGUCGGCCUGGGGGCGCAAGAGACGCGCGCGGGGAAACCCGGUGGAGCCGGCCUCUGGAUCGAGCCUGGCGCAGUCCGAAAAGGAGGAGGAGGAAGAGACCCGAUUAUUUAUCUCUCUCCAUCGACGCGCACAAAAGGCGGAUUUGGACCGGAUUACUCGCAACUGGGCGCCGUGUGUGUGCGCGCGCGCGCCAGCAAGGAGAGAGCCAGCCGGGAUCCGGCUCUGAUUGGGGUCGCUUCGCAUUGGAUCGGGAUCCGAACCGGAGAGAGGGGGGGGGCUUAGUUUGUCCAGCUGCCGCCGAUUCUUGGGAGGAAGGGGCGCAGAAGAGAGCAAAAGCGGGGGGCGAAGGAGGACCCCCGCUGCGUUGGAUGCCCUUCGCUUUCCCUUCUCCCUCCAGCACAGCGUGCUCUCUCUCGUUUUAAAAUUUUGCAGCGAGGCUGCUGCUGCGUUUGCCGCGGCCCCUACCUUUGUUUUCUCCGUUGCCCUGAAUUAGUGUCCCUCCCCCGGGGGUUGGCGAGGGGCAGCUAAAGGGCAGCGGGCUGCCCCCGGGAAGCGCCAGUCCUCCUCUCCCCUCCACCCGCCCCGGCGCCCGUGCACUUUGCUCGGCUGCAGCUGCUCCUCCUCUCGAGGAAGUUUCCUCCCCCCCUCUUCUGCUUCUCCCCCUCCUUCCCCAUUUUUCGCAGCCCGGCCUCGCGGCUCCUCGGGGGAAGGGCGGCUCUCUCUCCUCCCCCCCCCCCCCAAGCGGGGCUUCCGAGGCUGGGCCGGGCAGGGACCCCCCGCGGCCCCUGAGCCAGGCCGAUGCCGGUGGCCGCGAACUCGCACCCCCGCGCGGCGCAGCAGCAGCAGCAGCAGCACCAGCCGCCGCCCGACGGCCGCCUCCGGGACCCCUCCAAGCCGGGGGGCGGCGGCGGGGCGGAGGAGCGCCCGGAGCAGCCCCGCCACGGCCAGGCCGGCGGAGAGGCGGCCGUGGCGGCCCGGGCGGCGGGUGGGGGAGGCGGCAGAGUGGCGGGGGCGGCCCCUUCCGGCGCCCCUUCUCCGCCGCCCCCCCGGCAGGCUGUCUCCUCCUCGCCCUCACCGCCCCUGGAGCCCCCCCGGACGCGCUCCCGGUCCCGCUCCGGCUUCUUCAGCCUGCUCGCCAUGAGCGCCGGAGCCGCCAGCAACGCCGCCGCGCAUUUCCAGCCGCCGCCGCCUCCACCUCCACUCCCGCUGCAUCUCCAAGGGCCGGGCCUGGCCGAGCUGGGGGCGCGCAGCCAAGGCAGGGGGAGUCCCGCCGGCCACCCGCGAGCCCCGCCGGGAGCCAGGGCGCCUGCGCCAGGUGGUGGCAACGCUUCCUUCCCGUACCAGUUUAUCCGUCAAGACCACAUCUGUACAGAUGAUAGUGACAAGAGUGAAGACAGCCCAAGUCCCAAGAGACAGCGCCUUUCUCAUUCAGUCUUCGACUACGCAGUGGCCUCACCAGCCCCAUCACCACCAAUGCGACCAUGGGAGAUGACAUCAAAUAGGCAGCCUCCUUCAGCUCGAUCAAGCCAACAUCACUUCUCAGGGGAACGAUGCAACACACCGGCGCGCAACAGAAGAAGCCCUCCUGUUAGACGCCAGAGAGCAAGAAGAGAUCGAUUGUCUCGACUUAAUUCCAUCAGUCAAGAUGAGAACUACCAUCUCGCCUAUGGACAGCAACAAGCAAUAGAAGAACCGCGAGCCUUCCACCCACCGAAUGUAUCGCCCCGUAUGUUGCACCCAGCUGCUCAUCCACCACAGCAGAACGCAGUGAUGGUUGACAUUCAUGAACAGAUCCACCAAGGGACAGUACCAGUAUCAUACACAGUGACCACGGUGGCACCGCAUGGGAUUCCACUUUGCACAGGCCAGCACAUACCAGCUUGCAACACGCAGCAAGUCCCAGGGUGUUCUGUGGUUUUCAGUGGACAGCAUCUCCCUGUGUGCAGUGUGCCUCCCCCAAUGCUUCAGGCGUGUUCUGUUCAACACCUACCAGUACCAUAUGCGGCAUUCCCGCCCCUUAUUUCUAGCGAUCCGUUCCUUUUGCAUCCUCCGCACCUCUCCCCGCAUCAUGCUCCACACCUGCCACCUCCAGGCCAAUUUGUUCCCUUCCAAACACAACAGUCGCGGUCGCCUCUUCAGAGGAUAGAAAAUGAAGUGGAGUUGCUCGGAGACCACCUACCUGUAGGGGGCUUCACCUAUCCGCCUUCUGCUCAUCCACCAACAUUGCCUCCCUCAGCCCCUCUUCAGUUCUUAGCGCAUGACCCUCUGCACCAAGAGGUGUCCUUUGGAGUACCUUACCCACCCUUUAUGCCUCGAAGACUUACGGGACGCAACCGAUAUCGAUCUCAGCAGCCCAUACCGCCGCCUCCUUACCACCCCAGCCUGUUGCCAUAUGUGCUAUCGAUGCUUCCAGUGCCACCUGCAGUCGGACCCGCCUUCAGUUUCGAGUUGGACGUAGAAGAUGGGGAAGUGGAAAACUAUGAGGCACUACUGAACUUGGCAGAAAGACUGGGAGAGGCCAAACCAAGAGGACUGACAAAAGCCGAUAUCGAGCAACUUCCAUCUUACAGGUUCAACCCAAACAACCACCAGUCAGAACAGACUCUGUGUGUAGUGUGCAUGUGUGAUUUUGAGUCCAGGCAGCUACUUAGAGUUUUGCCAUGCAACCACGAAUUCCAUGCCAAGUGUGUCGAUAAAUGGCUUAAGGCAAAUCGUACCUGCCCCAUCUGCAGAGCUGAUGCUUCAGAAGUACAUCGCGAUUCAGAAUGAACCGUCUAAGAGCACAAUUCUACUUUGGGUGUUCCUACUCACAUCUGUAUAUAUCUAUAUAUAUGAACUCUCCAUUGAACUUAACCUGUGGCUUCCAGCCUUCCCUUUUACACAAAAAAGGGUCAAUGGACCUUUCUUUGCACUGUGUGAUUUAAUCAACUAUAAAGCUUAUAAUUAGUCUUCA